AUAACAAACAACAACAGUUUCAGUUACAGGUUACAGAUCUCCCAUAUAAAUCUUCCAGCUGCUGAAUUUCUCUAAUAUAGUUUACAGAAUUUAUUUUGUAUUUCAACUAAUGGCGCAUACAUUUAAAAUAUUAUCUGAAAAGAUUUUACAAGUCAUCGGUACCAAAAUAAAUAUAUCUCGUUUAACAUGGUGCUUGCCGACAUCGUCUGAAUAUUUACAAAUCCAUGUCCCUGUUGAUUGCUAUUCUGCAAAAAAUUCAGAAAUGCAGUCUCGAAUUAUAAACCACUUCAACAAGGAAACUGCUGUUAAACACAUAAAAUUUACAAAUGAAAAAUUGUGUGAAAUUAUUUACCAUGUGAAUAGGGAAACUUUCAUGUACGAUACAUUAAACAAUCCUAUCAUGGAAAAGCGCAACAUAGCAAAACCACCUAAAACGUUAUUAGAAUUUAGUUCCCCGAACAUAGCCAAACCGUUUCACGCUGGGCACUUGCGAUCGGCUCUAAUUGGAAAUUUUUUAGCAAAUAUCUACGACUAUUUUGGACAUAACGUGGUAAAGAUCAAUUAUCUGGGAGAUUGGGGAACUCAGUUUGGAUAUCUUAAGCUUGGAAUAGAUUUGAAACGAUUAGCUAACGAAGAUGUGAAACUAAAUACAUGUGACACUUUGUAUAGAGCGUAUGUAUAUGCUCACAAAGCUGCAGAGCACAAUGACGAAUUAAAAGCAGAGGCUAGGCAAAAUUUUGCUAACCUAGAAAGCGGAAGGCCUGAAGAAGUAAACAUGUGGAAUAAUUUCUGCUCGUAUACUAUAGAAGAACUUGUAACAGUUUAUCGACGAUUGGGUAUUUCCUUUGAUCAUUAUCACUGGGAAUCACAAUAUGGAAUCAAUAUGAUUUCACAUAUACUAUCGUUGAUGAAAAAUAGUAAUCUUCUUCAUACUCAAGCAGAUGGCAGAACUAUUGUUCAAAUAGGUGAUCGGAAAGUGCCAAUUAUCAAAAGCGAUGGUACGACGUUAUAUCUAACAAGGGAUAUAGCCGCAUUGAUUGACCGUUACAACCGUUUUUGCUUCGAUGAUGCCAUGUACGUAGUUGAUAAUGGACAAAGUGAUCAUUUCUCUACCCUCGUGUCAAUUGCUCAACAUUUAAAACUGCCAUAUGCUUCCAAUGUGACGCAUGUUAAAUUCGGACGCGUGCGUAAAAUGAGCACUAGGAAAGGUACGGCUGUGUUUUUGAAGGAUAUAUUAGAUGAAGCUGAAGUCCGCAUGAAACAAAAGCUAUGUUCCAAACAGACAACUAAAAUAAAUAUUUCGGAUAUAUCUGGAACAACGUCGAUCUUGGCCACAACUGCCGUGGUAGUAAAUGAUUUGAAGCAGCGUCGGAUGCGAGAAUACGAUUUCAGUUGGGAUAAAGCACUUCAAUCUGAUGGUGAUUGUGGUAUCAAACUACAAUAUACUCAUUGUCGCUUAUGGAGUUUAGAAGAACAAUUCGGACAUUAUUGUAUAAAAGCUAAAUGUUCUCCAUUAUUGUUGUCUGAAAAGGAAGCGAUAGAUUUGGUAUUUGAAAUAGCCAAAUUCGAUGCGAUUUUAAUAGAAUCUAUGGAAAGGAAGGAGGCUUGCGUUCUAGUGAAUUACUUAUUCCAACUGUGUAACUGUGCUAACCGGGCUGUGCAUACCCUGAAUGUGAAAAACGAAGAUUGUAUAAAUAAACGGAUUCAACGAAUGAUACUCUUCACAACAGCACGAAAAGUUCUUUAUGUUGGAAUGAAGGUUCUAGGGCUCACACCGUUAUUGAAAAUGUAAAGCUAUACAAAUAGUUUCCCGAAUACUCUCAUAUCACAAAAAGCA